AUGAUACCGUACAUACCUCAAAUUGGCAGGCUAUGUCCCAACUGUAAACUGGGGGACUAUCCAUCCAUUGAGGCGCUUAUCUCACAUUUCAAUUCUCCAUCUACUUGUUGGCCAUUCAACGCACGACCACAAACAUUACCUGUCCCUUCUGUAUUCAAUCAAUGUGGCUGGAUACCUGUCACUGGUACCUGUUACCCGCAAUCUGGAAAUAUGCUGGAUAAGUUAGAAGAUGAUCAAUAUGCACAUCGACGGAAGAGAAAUCCUUAUUACCCCUUCCAUGAUGAAGGUGAAUGGGAAUUAGGGAAGUUUUUGGUGGAAAACCUUACUCAAACUCAAAUAACCAAAUUUUUGAAGUUAAGAUGGUUUGACUCUCCGGAUCGUGCAAAACCAUCUUUUACCACAAAAGAUUGCCUCCUGGACUGGAUGGACUCACUGCCUUCUUUUGCCCCGUGGAAAGUCUCUAAAAUAGAAUUUAAAGGCUAUAAGACUGUCCGCCCCGUGGAGCUUGUUUGGCGCGAUGCGCUGGAGGUUGUCAAGCAACUAUUCAGCGACCCAACUUUUGCAAACCACAUGACCUUUCACCCUCACAUCGCUAACGUCGAAAAUAAGCGUGAAUACGGAGACUACAUGAGUGCCGAUAUGGCAUGGAAAAUUCAGGACUAUCUCCCAUUGGGUGCGACUCAAGUCCCGAUAAUCUUAGGAUCCGACAAAACUCCCAUGCACCCAGUCUUCGUUACCAUCGGUAACAUUGAUUCUGAGGUUCCUUGGCACUGCAUAGCCUACAUCCCUGUCGUCAAGUUCCGCGUCCAUCCAGAUUACCAGUCUAUUCUCCAAGCCAGACUGUGGCAUAAGUGUAUGGACCUUGUUUGCGCCAACCUCAAGGCCGCAGCGAAGGAUGGCUGCUUUAUGCCUGAUCCUUCCCGUUACAUUCGUCAUGUGUUUACGCCGCUCGUCGCUCAUGUGUGCGACCUACCGGAGGCUACUAUGAUCGCUGCAAUAUCCCAAACGGUCGAUCCCUGGGAUCUCGACAAGUUCCAGAAAGCGGCCAAAGCCGUUAAUCUAUCUGGUGUUCAUAUGCCACACUGGCGCGAUUGGAUGUUUGCAUGUCUGUCCGUUUUUCUCGCCAGCGAAGUGCUGCACACUUGCCAUAAAUUUUUCACGGAUCAUCCACUGAAAUGGAUCAAAGAAAUUGUAGGACAUUAUGAGCUUGAUACUCGCUUCAUGGUCCAGCACAAGCGAGUCGGAACGCGCCACUUUAUGAAAGGUAUCACUCACGUUAAUCAGAUGACAGGCCACGAGCAUAGAGACAUCCAACACACUAUCGUUGCAUCGAUCGCAGGGGCUGUUCCACCCAGAUUUGUUUGUGCAAUUCGUGCCCUCGUGGAGUUCUUUUACCUCACACAGAAUCUGGUUCACUCACCUCAAUCACUUCAGUCAAUGGUUCAGGUGCUUUCAGAUUUCCACUCUUUCAAGGAUGCUAUUGUCCAGGCCGAGGCAAGGAAGGGGAAGAAGGGUAUCAAAGAGGAUUUUUUCAUCCCCAAACUCGAGCUUCUGCAGAGCUUCGAUGGUACGAUUAAGAAAUUGGGCACUUUGAUGCAGUUCUCUGCUGACGUGACGGAGCGGUUACUUAUCACACAUUGUAAGGACCUUUUCCCGCGGACAUCCCAACAAAUCAAAGAUUUUACGGAGCAGUGCAUGCGGAUUCUUAACCGCCAAGAAUCUAUGGAAAUGUUUGGCCUGUACACACUGCUGACUUCUCGCGGGGCGUCACUGGUUAAUGCCAUACAUGCCGAAGAUGAAGAUAUCACAACUACCAAUCCUGCACUCUCCUGGGUUUCCCGAGUUCUUCCUGACGAAGUCAGGUCAAUCCAUGGUCCCCGACCAGUCCAUAAUCACUUUUUCAAAGGUAUUCUCUCUGGGGAUGCGCUCACCGCUUUUCAACUCAAUGUCGCACCUGAUUACAAAUCACUGUCACCAUCUGAAAUACGCAGGAAAUAUGCAGUCCUCGACUUUGAUCGUGCGCUCGCCAACUUCAUUUGUCGUUCCUCCCUUUCCAGCGGUGAACAUUCCCGCUGGGACCCCAAAUAUGGGUGCUUCCAGGUAUGGCACAAGUUUCGAUUGCAGCUUCACUCGGCCUUCCAGCCACGAGUCAUCAUGCCAAGUCGAGUGGUGCAAGCAUACCCACCAAGCGAUGAUUUCCCCUUGGGAAAUUGUGAUACUGUUCUCAUUGACGCCAUGGGCACUAACGGCAAAAUGACGAGUUAUAUCGCACAGGUUCGACUCAUUUUUCAACCAAUCGUUCGACGAGGUUCCAACCUGGAACUACCGUCAUAUCUCUCCGACCCACUCCUCUAUGUCCAAUUUUUCCGCUUCAUUUCCAGCCCUGAUGAUCGUCCCGAGCUCGCGAUGUGGACCGUGGAGCGCGCAUACACACAGGACGAAAACGGUAACCGCUGUAGGGAAGGGGCUGUCGUUCGAGUGACAGAUGUGACGCAUGCAGUUGAAUUAAUUCCAGUUUAUGGCGAGGCAGUGGCUAACGGCGUGUCCUCUGCGACUUGUUUGGAACACUAUGAGUGUUUCUUUCUGAACAGCUUCGCAGACAAGGAGAGUUAUCAUACAUUCAGUACCGAGUUUGUAUAG